AUGCCGGUUUAUAAGCCGCGCGAUCGCCUCAGGGGGGGAACAGUCUGCUUUCACUCGCUUCACAAUGCCCCGGUGUGUGUUCUGCUUUUUUGAUCCUCACGAUAUCGAGGAUGAAUCGGACGACGACGAUUCUCGGGACGGCGCACCUCCUACACUGUCUGCUCACGUGAUGCGAUCGCACCCCGACGUGGAUACAUCCUUCCUGCCCUUCUUCCAGACUGACGCCGCAUUUAGAGGUAUCGUCAAAAGAUUCACGCUAUUGGCAUCUGUUCACGAUCAGGGAGUAGAGGAUUUGCGACAAUAUUUAAUGAGUCACUUUCACGAUAUGCUCGCCAUAUUGAGAGCGCAAAGAAUACCCUUUAGGUUUUGCAUUUGUUCCGAUGUCUUAAUGGUGAAGGAAACUCGGGGGGAGAUAACCGCGCACAUAGCCCACUUUAUGGCGUUUGGUCGCGAAGUCCACAGCGACGGAACCAUCGCGAAUACCCUGAUGGACGCGAUUCAGGAGUCCACGGGGCGCGUCGAAAAUUAUCAGCGGGACGGGAGUGGGUUCGUGUCCACCGACGUCCAAAACGUUCAAAUAUGCAUUUCUGCGGUGAAAACUAAAAAAUUCGGAUGCAAUGGGGCACUUCCCGAUCAUUUGGCUAAGCGCAGGAACGUGCUGACGAAUAUUCAUUUACCAGCACAUAAGGAGGGUGAGUGUUUUAAAUACAAUACGCUCGCCCUCCUGCACCCGCAGGAAAGGAAUUCGUGGAAAAAAUGUGAAAACUAUGCCGCGGAGUACUGGUGGCCUAGUCGCUUCCCCGUUUCCUACUCUGAUCUGGACGAAUUUGAAGACAAAAACCAGAUAUCCGUGUACGUAUACGAGUACGUCGAUCAGGGAGUGCACGUGUCGCGACCUCCAAAACUCGAGUAUGAAAAGAAAAUUCACUUAUUGGCUGUAGAUGAACAUUUUUUCGGAAUCAAGUCUCUCGAGCGGUUACUGAUGAGAGACAAGAGGCGUUUUUGUCCUAGCACAGUUAUGCCAUUUUAUAAAAACGAAGGAUAUCUCAUGGAUCCUAACAGCACAGCGGGGAGUUCAUCUAAGGUCAUCCUGACUACAUUGAACAUGUGCAAAAAAUCAUGGAAGAAGCUCUAUGACAGCUUCAGGAGGAGCUAUACAACUUCCAAAAAAGCUGCAGCUAGUGGUGCAGGACUUGAUGACAUCCUUGAGGCAGAGCAGAGUGGAGAAGCCCACAAGUGGAAAUUCUACAGCGCUCUCCUUUUCCUCAGGGAUGUCGUCGCCCCAAGGAGGACAAUAUCCAACCGUCCCCAAGAACAACGUGCAGCGACCAUUCAAGACCUUGCACACAUGGAGCCGGAAGUUCAGGUGGACGUUGCUGCAAAUGAGGACAUGGGCAUUGCAGAACAUGAUUAUUUCUGUGCUGGGCCAUCCAGGGCAGGCAGUGCUGUGCCAUCCAGGGCUGGUAGUUCUGUGCCAUCCAUAGUCGCAGGUGAAGAAGGCACGGUGGAAGAGGAGGAAGAAGACGCGCCUCUUGCUUCAGCAAGUGCAGCGCACAGGCCACGAAAGAGAUGGCGAGUGUCUCAGACAGACGACAGCAACAUCGCUGAAGCUCUCCGGGCUCUGACGGCUGAGUUGCAUUGCUCAACUGUAGAGCUGAAAACCGCUGUAGAUGCCCAUGAACACUUUGGGGGUCUUGUGAGUGCCCUGCUGAGGGAGGUUCCACGAGCUUUGCAGCACCUGUGCCGGGUUACAGUCUUGCAGAUGCUGGAGUCAUUCAUGGAAGUCAAGAUUGUGCACAUUGUAACACAGCAGGAAGUGUUAGUAAUCAUUACUUCCACUCAUAUAUUGUAG